AUGGCAUACCACUAUUUAAGCAUUCCCAUGGCUCGCCCUAUCGAUUCUGUGAAGGACAUCAAUGAGUCGAAGGAUUUGUGGAAGAUUGCAGUUAGUUGUAAGCAUAUAUGGUCUGUAACAAGUUCUUCAAACAAAGAACACAUAGAAAUGGUUUUAGUUGAUUCGAAGGUGCGUGAUAUGAUUCAAGCGAUUGACCCUACUUAUUUGGUUUCCAAAUUCAAGUCUGAACUAUCAACGGGAAGUUCUUAUAUCAUGCAGAAUUUCAAAGUUUCGAAAAAUGACUUCUCUUUUAAGUCGACGAAUCAUUCUUACAAAUUGGUUUUAUGUGGAUCAACUUCUGUUAAGAAAACAGACCUUCAUGACAUUCCUGCUUAUUACCUUAACCUUCUUAGAUUGGAUGCCAUAGUUGAAGGAAGGUUUCAGUCUAAUGUUUUGUGUACGCUUUGGGGUCAACUCGCGGUACAACUUUAUGAAUAUUCUAAAAAUUAUAAGGAAGAUUCCAAUAUUGUGAUUGUAUUAAUCAAUGAAAGGGUUAAAGAGGCUCAAGGAGGUUAUCCCGUCAGUGUUUCCAACACGUGGAACAGAACGAAGUUGUUAAUUAAUGACCUUCGUUUUGAUGAAGUUAAGAAACUAAAAGAAAGGUAA